AUGGCGCAAGAUGAUGAAGCUCGUUUGCUGGAGUUCUUCAACUGUCCCAGCACCUUCGGCGAAGCCACAACGCGUGUGAAGCACAAUCUUUACUACUUCCGCAUCAGUUACUCCAUCGCCAUCCUCUAUAUCCUCUUGAUCAGCCUCUUAUGGCACCCACUCUCCAUGGUCAUUUUCGCCGUCUUCUUCCUUGGCUGGCUAGCAAUUGGAUACUUGUGCAAUGUAGAUCCAAUUGAGCUCAUAAACUGCACAAUCGAUUGCCACGGGUUCUUGGCUGUUCUUUGGGUCCUCAUCCUUUUUGCUCUGAUCUCUACCGGUUUCUGGCUUAAUGUCUUGGUUUCGAUCUUGAUUGGUUCUGCGCUUGUUGGAAUCCACUCCUUGUUUAGGAGAACGGAGGAUCUGUAUUAUGUGGAACCGAUACUCACCGAGAGUCCAUAA